GCCAGUAUACCGUUUUGUAUUUCGGAAAAUAGGCUUAUAAAAGAAGCUCAUUAUAACCUAUAAGUUUGCUUAUGUAUUUUGGAGUAAUGAAUAUAUGUACUUGGUUACAAAAAUGAGUGUUCAGUUCAAAUUGUUAGAUCAGUUUAAAUUAUUAAAUCAUUUAGAAUUGAAUUUUGCUUGCGAUUAUUCAGAGGAUCAUCGAUUUUUUGUUAUAAAUGAUACAGGAGUAUACAUUCUUUCUUUUACUGGAAAUCUUACACAAGAUUCAUCGACAUUUUCAUGCAAAAAGCAACAUAUAAAAGUUAGUACUUUUACACCAUCGCAAUGUAUUGAUAUAGAUGUAAACAGUUUUCAUACAAAAUUACUUAGAGAAGAUGUAUAUGAUAUUGUCAUGAAAAUUGAAUAUUCUGCUACUUUGAAUAAUACUAAACCUGUGGAUCCUGUUCCAAUUUGUGCUAAGUGGUCUCCUAAGGGGCUAGCAGAUGGAACAGAAUGCUAUUUAGCUGUAUUGACAAAUCUACACAGCUUAGAAGUUUAUAUGAAAUAUUUGAAUAAUAAUGAACAGAUUAAAUAUGCAAUCAUUUCAAAUGUAUCUGAAUCAAUUGUAUUAACAGAAAAAUUGAAGUGGAGUUGCGCUAAUCGCUUACCAAUUGCAGUGAAGUUGGCAGAAUAUAAGAAAAGAAUACAUGCUGUGACACCUACAGCAUUUACAUGGAGUCAUCUUAUUACGUUUGAUGAAACUAAUGCAUCUAUCAUAUUUACUGGACAUAUUAAUGGUGAUAUUACAGCUUGGAGAUUAUGUGCUGCACAUUUUUGUGAGAACAUGCAGUCCAAUGCUCAUUUUUUAGGAAGAUAUAAUUCUCAAUUAGAAAGAAUUACAAAUAUGCAAUGGCAUCAAAGUAGUAGUAAUGGUGGCGCUCUAUUUUUCUCUGACAACAAUGGGAAAAUGAAUGUUGUUCAUGUGAUGAAUUUAAAUGAAGAACUGGCAGUUUUUGACAAAGAACAAUCGAUUAUUAGUGAAGCGGAUAAAGUUAGAGUCGAAAAAAUUGACAUUAUCAAAUAUAACAAUUCAACUUUUAUAUUAGUAGCAAAACAAAGAGUUUUAAUCGUUCUUGGAAUAGACACAUUUGGAGAAAUUUUUGACAUUGAAAUUGUUUGCAUUGAAGAUUAUUUCAUAACAGGUAUACAACAGAUAGGCGAAAACAAGCUGUUAGUACUAUCAUUGCCUGGAAUAUUAACAGAACUGGAUAUAAGCGUUUUUAACAAUAAAAUAGCCAUAAAAAAGAAAAAUAUAUCAAUCAAAAACGAUAUGGACAAAUAUCGCACUCAUGGUUGUUUCUUUUCUAAAAAUAAAGUUUUGUUUUUUGUUGUUGCAUAUCCAUGGGAUUUACAAAGUUUUUCUAAAUCGAAGUCUUAUGUUAAUGUAUUUGUAUAUCACAAUGUGAUAAUAAAUCCCUUCGAUUUAUUAUGGAAUAAUAAUACCGAUACAAUUAGAGAACACUGGGAUUGUUUUGAAACACUUAGGAUAAAUUGUAUUAAAGAAAAAAGAUUCCCAUGGUUGGGUUUACCAUUGGCAUUAAAUUAUGAUACUUUAUCUCUAACAAAACUAAAAACAUUGAGAUUAAUAGCCAAAAUCUCUGAAAUGAUUUUCAGUCUAAUACCAGUUGUCAAGAAUUACAAUAUAAAACCCUUUAUUCUUCUACAUUAUUUAGUAUCAAUAAAAUUGGUAACACAGAGAAUGACGAUGCUACUAAAUAAAAGUAUCAAGAACAAAUUAACCGAUUUCCAAAUGCAUAGUUUGUAUAUACAAAAUGUUUUCCUAAAGGAGAUGGUAGCAAAAAAUAUUUUACCCAAAGCUAAAGUUGGAAAAACAUUCAUCAAUGAGAUGAAGUCAGUUAUGGAGAUUGCCAAUGAAAUGGAAUAUCCCGAGCCAUUAACCUGUGUAUGGUGUGGAGACAAGAUCAUGGGUCCUUUGUGUUUUCCACCCCAUGUAGAUACCCGUUGCUGUUUUUCUAUGAUGCCAAUAUUCAUCUUAUUUGAUUAUAAAUGCCCCCAUUGCAAGGCCGUAGCCCAUAAAUCAGUCGAAGAGGAAUAUUCUCAAAUAUUUUGUCCUUAUUGUGAUAUAGCUAUGGAAAAAUUUUACUUUACAAAUGAUCAGUUGAAAAAACAGUUCCAACAGUUUGAACUAGAGAUGUCAAAAGAGAGGAGAAGCGACUGUUUCAAAGAUUGUACACAAGAAGAUAUACAAUUUGAAGAUAUCGACGAUAACGCUACCGAGUAUGUUAUACUUAGUGACAGUGAGGAUGAAACUGAAAAUACUCUAAAAGGAAUAUAUGAAGAAUUUUCAAAGGUUAAAAUCCACGAUGAUUUGUCAGAGUCCUUUCAAGACGAAGAUGAAGAAGUUAGGUCGUCGCAUUGAUAGCCUCAUCCCAAGGUAAUUUGCAGUUUGGAAUACGUCCAAGAAUACCUAGCGAGUAUAUUCUUUGCCUAGUGAAAUAGUGUAGAAAAGGCAGAGACAUGUAGUAGUUGUCAAAGUAGAUAACAAUGUUCUGAGCUUGUGGGACAAUUCUGGUCAACCUAACGACCACGUUGGCACUUGCACCUAGAUAAGAUUGUUCUAAACGGCGAUGUUUUUUGUCAUUUCUCCACUAGCUCCAUAUAAAACAAAAAAUUUGUUUUUUUCGAAAAAUGCAUACUUUUUGAUUUAUUAAUUUUCUCGUAAAAAAACUGACCGUUGCAAACCCUUAUAAAUACUUUGUUCACGAGGAUACCUCUAAAGAUAUUAAAAUGGUUUCUGUUCGGUUGCUUUUAACAAGGUCAGACGUAUUUGAAUCUAUGUUGAAAAAUUUUUCAUUUUAUACAGGGUAUGUAUAAGAAGGGUUCAAAGUUUAACUUCAUAAAUAUCAAAUUUCCUUUUUUUUAAAUAGAACCACCCGGUAUUUUCUAUUUUAAUGCAUUCAGGGGUAAAAAAUAAGGCAAAUUCAUGUAUACUUUCCUAUACCUAAAUCUUACCGUUAUCCAGAUAUUGAAUGUUUUCUGUAAAUUUUUAGAGAUGCAGGUGUAGUCUAAAUUUUAUUUUGACCCAUUGAUACAAGCAAUAAGAAAAAAAAGUAUUUUUCUUUAUCUUGUCAAGGUCUGUAAAAAAAUCAAACUUAAACUUUGAACACUUUUUAUACACAUGAAAAAUGUUUUAACAUAGAUUGAAAUACAUCUAACCUUGCUAUUAGCAACCGAACAGAAACCAUUUUCAUAUCUUUAAGGGUAUCCUUGUAAACAAAUAAUUCAUAAGGGUCAGUAAUGGUCAAAUUUUUUACAAAAAAAAUUAAUAACUCAAUAAGUAUGCAUUUUUCGAAAAAAGUUUUUAGACAAAAGUAUAAUAAAAUUUUACGUAGAUUUCAAAAAUGUAUUAAUAUACAGGGUGUUCUAUUUAAAAUAACAAAGUUACAGUCGGUUCUACCGGAAGUCGGCUAAAAUAUUUUAAUUAAAAGAUCGUAUCUGAAAACCCAAACGUAGAUAUUUUCAUGAUUUUACUAUAAGUAUUUUGCCAUAUACACGUAGUUUUAACUCGUCGUGGGACACCCCGUAUAUCUGAAAUAAUCGUUGUACAGGAACAAUAUGCUUAUUUUUUUAUAAAAUUUGUAAAAUUUUCUAAUAAAAUUAUUAUAAAAA